AAAUAGCGAAGAUCCGAAAGGUCGAACUUUGGACCUAUUGCAAGUACUUUGCACCUGUUUUGCGACCUGGAUCUGGAUGACAGCGAUGUGACAGUGUAGGGGCCACGCACAGGUACAUCUGAUGUGGAUCCUCACUAGGGUGAGAAUGGAAGGGGCAGGGAGGCGCCUCAAGCACCUGCAGGCGGUGCUGAGCCCCUCGGGAGCCAGAGCCGGUCUCAGGAUACGUCUAUCAUCAUCUACUGGAGAUGGGACGAGGGCAAGUAUAGGCGACAUCAGCAUCGUCCUGCGAGAUGCCAAAAACGCAGAGCUUGUGCCACGGAAAUACAUGCCGGCCAAUGUCUCCCAGUCCGUGCUGCGCCACCUGAGAUGGAUCAUGCAAAAGGACCUGCUGGGACAAGACGUGUUUCUGAUAGGACCGCCCGGGCCGUUCCGCAGAGAGGUCGCCAUGAUGUAUCUGGAGCUCACCCAGCGGGAGUCGGAGUACAUCUCAUUAUCUCGAGAUACGACUGAGUCUGAUCUCAAACAGCGGCGAGAGAUCCAAGGCGGAACUGCCUUCUACAUCGACCAGUGUGCAGUAAGGGCUGCUUUAGAGGGAAGAAUUCUGGUUUUGGAGGGAAUUGAAAAAGCCGAGAGGAAUGUGCUCCCGGUGUUGAAUAACCUUCUUGAAAAUCGUGAAAUGCAGCUCGACGAUGGCCGCUUUCUUGUAGCUGCUGACCGAUACGAUAAACUGCUCAACGAUCAUACCAAGGAGGAACUUGACUCUCUCAAUCUUGUACGAGUUAGUGAACGAUUUAGGGUCAUUGCUCUUGGUUUGCCAAUUCCACGUUACCAAGGCAACCCACUAGAUCCACCAUUACGUUCCCGGUUUCAGGCCAGAGAUGUACAUUCCCUGCCUUUUAAGGAAGUUUUAGAAGCCCUGCAAGAAAACACCAGGACUGUGGCUCCAGAACGGAUAUCCCAGCUGUUGUCAUUUGCGUCCACCAUGUUGACGACCGAGUCCACCUCCCUCGGGUUGCCGGACUUCCCCCUCGACAAUCUCGUGCAUCUAGUCAGGAUUAUGGAUGUUGUACCGUCUGUAUCCUCCCUGGAGCUGAUACAGAGGCUGUACCCUUACAACAUCAUGCUGGGCAAGGAGGGGAAGACGGCCGUGGAGGACACGCUCACUAAAUUUGAGUUGAUUGGGUCAACCCCUGUGUACAGUGUAGGGAGCGUGGAUAAGCAGGGUAACGAAGCCAUGGUGACGCUGUCUCAAGGCCGAGAUGUGCACCCAAUACAGGUGUCGGCCGGCAUGCUCCCCUCGUCAGCUGGUGACAAGGACUCGCCCUUCAUCAGGACCGGCUACCAUGAUGCUCUGCUGUCCGAGAUGCUGCAGUCUCACGUCACAACAGACUUCUGUCUCGUGGGGCCAAGGGGCUGUGGCAAGAGUGUAUUGGUCAAGCAGUUUGCAGAUCUGCUAGGCUACCACACAGAACCCAUCAUGUUGUAUCAGGAUAUGACGUCACGAGACUUACUUCAGCAGAGGACGACGUUACCGAAUGGCGACACCACAUGGCGACACUCUCCGCUCGUCACGGCAGCCCUGGAGGGAAGCCUGGCUGUACUUGACGGGGUUCAUCGAAUAAACCCAGGGUCUUUCUCUGUGCUGCAUAGAUUGGUCCACGAGCGGGACCUGCAGCUGUAUGACGGGACUCGGCUGGUGCGACACGACAGAUACCAGGACAUUCAGGAGAAGACAGGGCUGUCCCAACCACAACUGGAGGAGCGGAGGAUUUUCCCCAUCCAUCCAUCCUUCCGCCUCAUCGCUCUCGGGGAGCCCCCAGUUGUCGGGAGCAGCAAGCAGCAGUGGAUGUCGCCGGAGAUGUUGACGAUGUUCCUGUACCACCACAUGCGGCCGCUGUCACGGACGGAGGAGACAGAUGUUAUACACAAACUGGUUCCUAAUGCUGAUAAUUUGAGUAAAUUGUUUGAUUUCGUCCACAAGCUAAGAGAUUCAACAGACCCCACUAUACAAUCUAUAGCUGCCUCCAUGUCCACCCGCCAACUGCUCCGUAUUGCCCGGAGUCUAGCUCAGUACCCCAAUGAGGACUUGUAUGGCAUUGUACAGAAGGCCUGUCUGUCUAGGUUCCUGCCUCGUCUCGCCCGCCAAGCCCUGGAUCAGACUCUGGACUCAGCGGGGAUACAGCCACUGAAGCCCGACCACUCCGUGGCAUCCUUCGAGACGUCGGUGACGUGCGAGGUGCAGGGGGACACGCUGCGUAUUGGCAGCACCACGGUGCCGGUGUAUAACCCACAGAACAGGACCAAAGUCCCCGACAUCCUCUUCUAUGAAAAUCAACAGCACCUGUCUGUGAUGGAGGACAUGUUGAAGGACUUCACCCUGGGGGAGCACCUGCUGUUGGUGGGGAACCAGGGCGUCGGCAAGAACAAGAUCGUGGACCGCUUCCUCCAGAUGCUGAGUCGGCCGAGGGAGUACAUCCAGCUACACAGAGACACGACUGUUCAGACGCUCACGCUGCAGCCCACUGUUCAGGAUGGCAUCAUUAUAUAUGAAGACUCUCCACUGGUCAAGGCCGUGAAGCAAGGUCAUGUGUUGGUUGUGGAUGAGGCAGACAAGGCUCCCACGCAUGUGACGUGUGUGCUGAAGACACUGGUGGAGUCCGGGGAGAUGCAUUUGGCCGAUGGCAGGAGGAUUUUGUCGGCCAGGACAGGAAUGGCCCCCUCCAGCAACGUGAUCGUGGCUCACCCAGACUUCCGGAUGAUUGUCCUGGCAAACAGACCUGGCUUCCCCUUCCUGGGAAACGACUUCUUCGGUGCUAUGGGUGACAUCUUUAGCUGUCACGCCAUCGACAAUCCAGACAUCGAGUCGGAGAUGGCGAUGUUGAGACAGUACGGGCCGAGCGUGUCGGAGGGGACGCUGCGGAAGUUGGUGAUGGCGUUCGGGGAACUACGUGACAUGGCGGACCAAGGUCUUAUAUCGUAUCCCUACUCCACCCGAGAAGUUGUCAACAUGGUUCGGCAUAUACAGAAAUUCCCCAGCGAGGGCCUGACGACCGUGGUGAAGAACGUGUUUGACUUCGACUCGUACAACCAGGAGUUGCAGGAGACCAUCGUGCAGACCAUGGAGAAGCAUGGCAUCCCCCUCGGCGCCCGAGAAGCCAGAAUCAGCCUCGCUAAAGAGUUUCCGCUGCCGAACUUCGAGGUGAUCGGUCAGUGGAAGACGUCGAGUCAGGGGAUGAGACAGAAGACGUCACUCAUGAGUCUGCCAGUUGACACCUCACAGAUCGGAGUCAAGGGUCCUGUUGGAAUGUAUCUGGAGACCAAGCCUCUCGACAGAACGGAAGCCCGAUCGUCCAUGUUCACUGAACAGGAAGCGUACUGGCAGUUGCCUAUGGAAGAGAUGAACAUUAUUUGUGAUGUUGCCGUCAGCAAAGCGUCACACCGGAGUCCUAGCCAGAACAAGACCGACAUGAUCUACGUGGCCACAGCCAACCCUAUCGGUCUGUACGCCAUGAACACCAAGACCAAGACCUGCAACUUUGUGGAUCUGUACGAUGUCUUCCCCUCCACGUCCGGCUCCUACAAGCCCCGCGUGAAGAUACAGGCACUCUCAGCUCCCUUAGACGACUCCGUCAUCCUGCAUGAAGAAGUGACUAAUGUGGUUCUGUUGGUGAACAUUGAGAAUGGCGAGGUGACGAGGUUGAUGAGUGAUGUGCUUCCUGAAACACCCCCGGAGAAAAGACGUUUCCCGACAUCAACACCGAAAGUUGUGAAUCCAUUUCGCCUGUGUCCAUCGUUUGCCCCCGAUGGCUACAACACUGCUGUGUUCUACAAACAGAAUGGUGGCAUUGUGGACUUCAUUAGUGUAUUAGAAGGGCUGUCCCACUCUGUUUCACUGCCAGUCAACAUCCACUCCAUACACCAGAUAGACUCGAACCGAUGGCUGGUCACUGAGUCCAGUGUAUAUGGCAAGUACGUGAUGGAGAGGACGGCGCCUGCUGAGUUCAUGCUGCAGCCUGUGAAGGAGCAGGGAGAACUUGACCAGAAGUUGCUGCUGACCAGCACCACCCCCCUCAGUGACAGCGUGCUGAGCAAGGCCCUUGACCAGAAGAUAGCCAGUCCCAACAGAGCCGUGCUGACCCCCGGGACCUACGCCACCGUUCUGCUGGGCUUCCCCGACCUGGAAACCACAGAAGUUCACGCCAUCACACGAGAGCCUCUCCCUACAUCCAGCUCCGAGUCCAAGACUGACCCGUUCCUGAGUCUGUUGUCCAAACCCACGGCCCCCAACCCAGCCUCCACCAACGUCUUCCUGCCAGAGUCCGGCCAGAUCAUCCGGGCCCUCCCCACGUGGAAGGUCGCGAAGGAGAUCCUCCCUAAAGAUGGUUCUGCGAGAGACUUGAGUGGCUACCUAGAGGUGGCAGAUAUAGCCAAUCACAAGCUUCGAUACAUACCGGUGCCUGGAGCUACAAAAGUUUCCCCCUAUGCUUCCUGGCUGUUCAACGCGGCGGACGUGAACGUGUUUAUGGCUCCAUUGAGCAACGACGGUCUGGUGACGGUAGACAUGGGUGGGUGUGUCCGGACAUGGGAGACAACUCUCGUGCACCUGGAGCGAUCUUUGCAAGAAUGGAGGAACAUGAUUGGCUAUCAGGAAGACAAGCCACUCCAAUUGACAGUAGAGAAAGAGAGUGGGCGUGACCACGAGGACAUCGACCCCAAGCACGGCAAGAUUGACCCAGAUAACCAGCCCCAUGUCGGAGGCAACACAUGGGCCGGCGGGGUCGGUGGCAGUGGCACAGCGGGUCUGGGUGGUUUCGGUGGUCCAUACCGUCUCGAUGCGGGACACGAUGUGCAGCAGGUGCCGCAGUGGGAGAAGGAUGCUGUUCCGGAGGCAGUGAGGGAAGCUGCCAAGCAGAUGAAAGAGAAAGCGUUCAAAGAAAGGUUACGAGAGAUUCAGAUGAGUGAUUAUGACGGAGAAACGUACGACAAGUUCUCCAACAGUGUGAAACGACAAGUCCAGUCCCUCCGCGUCAUCCUGGAGAGUUUGCAGGCGAAGGGCAAGGAACGACAGUGGCUGAAGAACCAGAGCUAUGGAGAUCUGGAUGAUUCCAAGUUGAUAGAGGGGUUGACAGGGGAGAAGUCCAUUUACAGGAGGAGGGGGGAGAAGGAGCCAGAGCUGGGCACGCCACAAGAGAAGCCGAAGCGACUCCGUGUGGUGGUGGACGUGUCCGGGAGCAUGUACCGCUUCAACGGCCAUGACGGCCGCCUGGAGCGUGAGAUGGAGGCUGCACUGAUGGUGAUGGAGGCCUUCGAGAAGUAUGAAGACAAGUUUAAGUAUGACAUCUACGGCCACUCAGGAGAAGAUUACAGGGUCGAGUUUGUGAACGCUGAUAAACCCCCCACCAACAACAGAGAGAGACUUACAGUGUUGAAGCUGAUGCACGCCCACUCCCAGUUCUGUCUGAGCGGAGACAACACGCUGGAGGCCACCAAGAACGCCAUCGAGGUCAUCGGCAAGGAAGAGGCUGACGAGCACUUCGUCCUCCUCCUCAGUGACGCCAACUUCGACAGAUACGGCAUCCGACCUUCGCGAUUUGCAGAGAUCCUCAACUCCAAUGAAGACGUCAAUGCCUACGCCAUCUUCAUCGGGUCACUCGGCGAUCAGGCUGCCAGACUGACGAAGCAGCUCCCGAUGGGUCACGCCUACGUCUGUAUGGACAACAAGAACCUGCCUCAGAUUCUCCAACAGAUCUUCACAUCCACCAUGCUGUCUUCAUGAGGAGAAAGUCCGUAGUCAGCAAUGUACCUUUCACAUCAGGAUAAUGUGCUCUCUUGCCAUAAUGUGUACAGGAGUGAUACAAACAAGAACCCAUUCAUUCAGUCAGUAAAAGGCAACUAACGGGAUCGGGUGGUCAGGCUCGCUGACUUGGUUGAUGCAUGUCAUCGAUCCCAAUUGCGUGGAUCGAUGCUCAUGACAUUAAUCACUGGAUUGUCUGGUCCAGACUCGAUAUUUUACAGACCGCCGUCAUAUAGCUGGAAUAUUGCUGAGUGCGGCGUUAAACAACAACCCAACCAACCAACAAAUCAGUGAGGUGAUGGCUGCUCCACAACAUGAUGACACCUAGGAAAUCUGAAAGAGACAUUUAAAUAUUGUCCUCAGUCCUUGACCAAACUUGUUACUUUUGACAAUUUGGUUGAUUUUCAGAAACAGGAUUAAUACUAUCCUCAAACUCGAAUCAUUCAGUCAGUAAUCAGUGAAAAGAUGGUUUACUAUCCUAAUUAAAUAAUAGGUUUGUAUACUCUAUGUUCCUCAAUCCCCUGUGAAUACACAUGGCGGUUUCGGAGUGAAGUCUUUGUUUUUAACCAACAAAUCAAAGAGGAGUCCUCUGACUAAUGACUUGGGUGACAUCACACAAACAUUGUAUCAUGUGUUACAGCCUUGUGGCCAGCUGUUCUACACACUGCACAUCAGACAGGUAGAGUUUACAUAAAGUCUAUGCCGGGAGCUGAGCAUGAGUUAAAAAAGGCCUUGUUUUGCUAACUAACUGUUUGUUUGUUUAGUUGUUGUUUGACCUCGCACUCAGCAAUAUUCCAGCUGGAUGGCAGUGGUCUGUAAAUAAUCGAGUCUGGACCAGACAACCCAGUGAUUGACAU